AAGGACUGUUACCAGUAAGUCCCUCUUUAUAUAGGAUCCCUACAGGCUGCCUCCUUACUGUAAGCUUUGUAAUUCUGCAAGAAUGAAAACCUUCUUGGCCUGCCUUCUCGUUCUUGUCAUUAGUGUGACAUUAUCUAAUGCAUCUUGCUUCAUGGAAGAAUUGAAGCCUACAAAGCCUGGUGAUGAGAUCCUAGGCUGCACUGACUUUGAAGGAAAGCUGCAUGAUUUUGGCUCCCAAUGGAGGACCAAGAACUGCGUGGACUGUGUUUGUUUCAGGGAAGGAUUGAGUUGCUGUACCAGCUAUGCAACGCCAGUUAAUUUUGAUGAAGAGAAAUGUGAGAGUAUUUUCGACAAGUUGACCUGCAGUUACAAAGUAGUGGAGAAAGCUGAUCAAGCAAAAGAAUGUCAAGUCCUUGAAUGGGUGGGCUAACAGAAAAAUGGUGGUGGAUUUGGAGGAUAUUUCCUUUUCUUCAUUUCAAGGGUUCUUCCUCUUUCAAAUUCAAAUACAUUGAAAUAUGCAGCAUUUGAGUGAAAUCUACUCCCCAGACCUAAUGCUUGAUAAAACCGAGAGCUGUACCUACUCACAAAAGAUUCUGUUUCUCUGCCUUCUGCUUCUCAAUGAAGAAAGAGCUGGCUUGUUCCUUGCUU